AUGGCUAGCGAAAAGAAGGAUAAGCUUGAGGCGCAGAUCAAGUCCGUCGAUAUGACGGAGGAUAUGCAGCAGGAGGCUGUUGAAGUUGCAAUUGAGGCAAUGGACAAGUACCACAUUGAGAAGGAUAUUGCUCAAUACAUCAAGCGAGAGUUCGAUUCGCGCAAGGGUGCGACAUGGCACUGUGUCGUCGGGAGGAACUUUGGCAGCUUCGUCACGCAUGAGACGAAACACUUCAUCUACUUCUACCUCGGGCACUGCGCCAUUCUCCUUUUCAAGACUCAAUGA